AGAGGGAUACACUGAUUGGUGCAGCUUUCACAAUGGGACUGAGGGGUAGAUGCGCGGGGAGGCGUGGAUUGAGAAGCGCACUCUGAUUGGUGUCUGUCUCCCAAACGAGCGUGACGAUUGGGUGAGCCGGGUCUGAGCGUGUGUGGAGCUGCACCAAUUGCAGUAAGGUUUAGAAGCGUGGGGCGGCUAGCGAUGAGAGGAGGACAUUGAUUGGCGCGGUUCCCACCAAUGGGCGGAGGGUAAUGGCGGCCACCAUUGGGAGGCGGUUGCUGGGCCCCAGGCCAGACAUGAAGCCGCUUUUACUUCUACUCAUCGCCGCUGGCACCGAGGCUUUGGGCCCGCGGGAGUGUGAAGUAUGCAUCGGAUUCCUGGAGAGGUUUUACAGUUAUUUGAAAGCACAGAAUGUGGACUUGACCCCUGCAAUGGUAGUAAAUGAGCUGAUGUUAAUGUGUGAAUACACUAAAGGAAAGGAACACCGCCUAUGUUACUAUAUUGGAGCAACGAGUGAUGCUGCAACUAAAAUUGUGAAUGAAAUAGCGCGGCCAAUGAGUGCACAUGUACCGGUCCAGAAAAUCUGUGAAAAGCUGAAAGUGAAAGACAUGCAGAUAUGUGAGCUGAAAUAUGAAAAGAAAUUGCUUUUGAAGAAAGCUGAAUUACACAAACUGCGAGUGGCCCAGCUAAAAAAGAUUCUCGAAGACUGGGGAGAGAAAUGCAUCGCCUGUGCAGAGAAAAUUGACCUUAUUGAUUUAAUAUUGGAAUUAGCCCAUAAAUACGGGUCUGCUGAACUAGACGUGAACUUUGAUCUAUAAAGCAUCGCCUACUCUUUAAAAGAAAGUAAGACUGGACUCCAAAAAUAAUUUAUUGAUUGUAUUUGUGGUAUAUGCCAUGUGUAUAUAGGAUACCAUAAAGAGAAGUUUACUACUUCAAAUGAA